CCAACGAUUGUCACUUCCACACUUAUCGUCAAACGGAUCAGUUCAAUUAUGGCUCACCAAUUUAAAAUUUUCACUUUCCUGGCGGUUUCCGUCUGCCUCGUCCACGGCGCUUUCAUCCUAGAGCCGAUCGGCAAGUCGUACUCCUACGUCUUCAGGAAAGACAUUGCUGGAAGUAGUGGCUUUGGCGACCGGCAGGAGGGUGGAAGAUUUGGCUUCGGUCGCUUCGGUGGCUCUGGGCUGGAAAGCAGCCGCUUCAGUCAGGAUGCUGGACGUUUCGGACAGGAGUCUAGUCGUUUCGGACAAGAGGCUGAGCGCGGCUUUGCUCGUCAGGAAGAAAGCCAGCGAGGACAAGACACUAACCGUUUUGAACAAGAGGCCGAGCGUGCUGGACAAGAGGGUGAACGGUUCGGACAGGAAGGUGCCCGUAUUGGUCAGGAAGGCAGACUCGGCGGACAGGAGGCGCAGCGUAUUUUUAACUCCCAGGAGAAUGUUGGACGUUUCAGACAGGAGGGUCAGCGUAAUGGAGAAGAAGGUGCCCGUCUUAGACAGGAAGGCGGACGCGUAGGACAGGAAGUGCAGCGCGGCUUCAAUGCCCAGGAUGAAGCUGGACGUUCUGGACAGGAGGGUGAACGUAAUGUUCAGGAAGCCCGUAUUGGACAGGAAGGCGAACAAGUCAGACAGGAGACUCAGCGUGGUUACAACGCCCAGGAGACUUUUGGACGUUUCAGACAGGAAGGAGGUCGCCAGGAGGAAGCUGAACGUAAUGUACAGGAAGAGUCCCGUGUUGGUCAAGAAGGUGGACGCAUCGGACAGGAGGCUCAGCGCGGUUUCAACACCCAGGAGGAAGCUGGACGUUCCGGACAGGAGGCUGGUGCUGCCGGACGCGGCUUUGGUAGGCAAGAGGAAAAUCGUCGUGGUGGCGAUUUCUACUCCAGGUUCAAUUUGAACUACUUUGGCAGACAGGAGGGCAGUCGUCGCGUCGAGCAGGGAAACAUCGCCGAGGGACAGCGCAGAGGCAACAACGAGGAGGCGCUUGGACAGGAAAAUAGCCGCUUCGGACAGGAGGCUAGGCGCGGAUUUGGUGGCCAGCAGACCGCCGGACGCCAGGGCGAAGAGGGACGCAGAGGCCAGGCAGGACUCUCUUCUGGCCGCUCCUACGGUCGCGAGCUUUUUAGAUUCUAAAUAUUUGCUCUUGUAAUGAAAUUGUUACUAUUUAUUUUUUGAAGAAAUAAAUAAAUAUUUCAUAAUAUAACUUGUUGUUGUU